AGUCUUGGCUUGUUUCUUUUCUUGUUCUAUUGUCUCGCCUUGUUCUUGUUUAACAUUUCCUCGACACACCAGACCACGUUCGCAUAUUCAUAGACGCCUCCAUAUACCAUGUGGGCUCUUGUGCCACCACCGAAUUUAACGGUACUGGGGCUUGCGAUCGCACUUGUCGUAUUUCUUAAAUAUGCGCUUCGAUUCAACAUUCAUCCACAAGAGCCACCUGUCGUCUAUCCCAGGAUUCCCUUGGUUGGGCACAUCAUCGGCAUGCUCACCGCCGGAGCCACCUAUUUCGGGGAGCUGUAUGAGAUGCACGGGUAUCCAAUCUUCACGCUACCUAUGUUCACGGGUCGGACCUAUAUCGUGACGUCACCAGAACUAGCUUCGGCUGUGCAAAAGGCGCCCUCGAGUCUGGAACUCGACCCAAUCUUCGAAGAAAUCGUUCCUCGUCUGGCCGUCCUAAACAGACACACGACGUUGAUCAUGAGAGGCACCGCUGCUGGGCGGAAGGAAGGAGUUAGCAUCAACAAGCUCUCACACAAGAUCUUGACAUGGCAAUCCAUUUCACGUGGCUCGCAUGCGCAACUGGGCUUCCUUGGAGAACUCAUCAACAAUGUUGAGGACUAUCGCGAUGUUGAUCUUUUCCGUUUUGUUCGUGAGACUGUCUGUGAGGCAUCCAACAGAACAUUUUUCGGCCCCCAAAAUCCGUUCGAAAAGGAUCCUAGUCUCCUAGACAGUUUCUGGGAUUGGGAGAACGGCCUCACAGUUCUAAUGAUGGGUAUUUUCCCCAGCAUCACGGCUCGCAAAUCAUAUCGGGGCUUCAUGAGAUGCGCCAGAGCCUUUGCAGCAUACAUCGAAGCAGGCGGGUACGAAAACGCCCAUGAAAUCGUGCAAGCUCGCAACGAAAUGCACCUACAGCACGGCAUCUUUGAUGUGCUGGAAAGAGGAAAACUCGACGUCGCGAUGCAAUUAGCUACGAACGUAAACGCCAGUAUAAUCACAUUCUGGUUGCUAAGUAAUGUUUUCAGUCGUCCGGACCUCUUAGCGCGGCUACGCGACGAGAUCACAGAGAACGCUCUUGUAGGUCCUGCCACACUAUCGCUCGAGUUCCUUCGCCAGUCGUGUCCUACCCUGGUCUCAGUUUUUCGCGAGAUUCUCCGCCUGUAUGCCCCACUGAGCAGUGUACGGUACAUCGGCGCCGACACCAUGCUAGCAAACACCUACCUCGUCAAGAAGGGCGCUAUUAUUCAAGUCGCCGGCAGCGUGAUGCACAAAGACAAAAGCCACUGGGGACCGGACGCAGCGUCGUUCAACCCCGAUCGCUUCCUGUAUAGUACUAGCGGCACGCGAGUAGGCAGUGAUGGCCGCGUCUCAGAGGACAAGUCUAGUAAUCUGCAUCCAGCGACGUUUCGAAGCUUUGGCGGUGGGACGAGUAUGUGUCCCGGACGCAACUUUGCUCAAGCAGAAAUCCUCAGUCUCUCCGCAGUCUUACUGCUGGGAUUUGAUAUGAAGGCGCACGAUGAGCUUGCUUGGAAUCCGCCACCGGAUACCAAGAGACCCCUCAUCUCUGCCAUGAAGCCGGUGAAGGAAGUUAAGGUAACGAUACGAAGGCGCAAGGAGUUCAAGGGUGUGAAGUGGGAGUUGAAAUUGUGAAUUAGAAAAGUUCGAUAAUCCGACGAAAGGUUGAUUCUUUUGGAUGGACCUCGCUGUUGGUCGCGGGUUGCACAGAUGAUCGUGCGUGUAGGUAAG